AUGGGAGCUUUCUUCUCGUCACAGAAAGGAUACAAAUCCGAGGAAGAUCAAUUCGAAAGACAUUUCAGAGAGAACACUUGUGCCCGCGCUGACAUCAACGAAUAUGACGUGCUCGCUGAAUUAGAUCGAGCUACGAGGCAUUGCGAGAACUUCUUCAAAGUGGAGCACAGAAAGUCUAAGAAGCAAUUUCAGCUCAAGGUUUACGCCAAAUGCAUGAUGUACGAUCGCUGGUGGCAGAGGAGGGCGGUUGAAGAGAAACGGAUCGCUUGGGCUUUGAAGCACCCUCGAUUCGUCCAACUACUAUUUUCGUCCCAAGACGCCAACAAUUUGUAUCUGUUCUACGAAUACCCGACAUACGGGGCUUUCAGCUCUAUAGCUGAUCGGACAUUCGACGAAAGUACGCUCAGGGUGAUCGCUGCGCAGAUUGUUCUAGCAUUGGUGCAUUUGCAUGGGAAACAUGUCAUACACCGUCAGGUUUGCGCAGACUCCAUUUACGUGUUCGCUAACGGUUUCCUUAAGCUCGGAGACCUAACUUUGGCCAAAUACAGUACGUCGUUCCCUCACACCAGGACGAUGCUGCAGUUCCAACCUUUCCUAGCCCCUGAAAUCUUUCGGCCAGACGGAUACGGUAGAGAAAUCGAUUUUUGGGCUCUUGGUAUAUUCCUAUUCAAAAUCGCGUAUCGAGCAUCUCCUUUCGCUAGUGACGGUAAAGAGUCCGAUGCCGAAACCAUGAAGCGUCUAAUCAUAGACGGCAACGUGACCUGGCCUUCCGAAACAAAAGCUGAAGAUCCCCCGCGGAAGUUCAUUGCGGGAUUGCUGCUCAAGGAGCCCGAUCAUCGAAUCGGGGGUCGCUACCAAAAUGCGAAGGAUCAGGAAUGGUUCAAAAAUCUUGAAUGGACACGGAUCAGGGACGAAGGAAUAGAUUUCCAGUUCAAGAUGGAACCCGAAGCGAUGAAACCAAUGGGGAAAUGCGAACUUCCGGAUAGACCAGCAGAUAAAAUCACCCAUUUCCAUGGUUUUUAG